GUGUGUGUGUGUGUGUGUGUGUGUAUGUGGAGCAGGAACUGGUGUGCGUUUGUUGUGACAAAGACGGUGAGCUGUGUGGUCGAGGACGGAGUGGAAACCUAUGUGAAGCCUGAUUAUCAUCCCUGCAGCUGGGGGAGUGGACAGUGCAGCCGGGUGGUGCAGUAUCGGACCUACAUGAGGCCGCGGUACAAAGUGGCCUAUAAGAUGGUGACGGAGAUGGAGUGGAAGUGUUGCCAUGGUUACAGCGGAGAGGACUGCAACGAAGGUCCAGUUGGAGGAGCAGGAACCCAGAUUUCCACCACCAGACCUCAGCCCAGACCGGGUCAGGUAGGAGGGACGAGCCAUGGACAGGGAGAAGCAGGUUAUGGAGGAGGAAGUUCUGGAUCUGGACAAAGUGGAGGACACAGCGAACGAGCCGAGAACGAGAAGAUGAGGCAGAUGGAGGAGAAGAUCCAGAGUCUGACCAGGAACCUCCAGGACCUUCAGUCCACCCUGAACACCAUGAAGGAACACUUUCAGCGGGAAGUCAACAGACCGGGAGGAGGAGGAGGAGGUGGAGGAGGUACCUCUUCAGGAGGAAGAAACCCUGCUGAUGCAGCUCAGCCAGAGAUUAAAGAGACAAUUCACAGCAUUCAGACCAAACUGGACCAGCUGGACAACCGCACGCAGGUGAGUGGUGACCUACGUUACCUGUGAGUACAGGAGGGAUGC